AUGCAGUGCGCAGCGGCCGGAAAGCCUUUAAUUAAGUUCAACCAUUGCAGGAAACACAUCUACAGCUUCAGUGUGCCGCGGUGCUGCCCCCUCUGCCGGCGGGAUGUGGGCUCCAGGAAGCUGGAGGAAGCACCUGUUAGCAUCUCCAAUCCGUUUGCCAAUGGGCAUCAAGAAAAGUGUUCAUUCCUCCUCAGGCCAACUCAAGGGACGUUUCUUAGAGACUAUGAUGGAAGGUCUGAUCUUCAUGUUGGAAUAACUAACACAAAUGGAGUCGUCUAUAAUUACACUAUGCACGGAGUCCAGCGAGAUGGAGCAGGCUGGGAGCAGAGUAUAAGUGUCCCAUUAUUGCAGCCCGGCAUGUUUGGACUGAUGGACCAGUGGGACAAGUACCUGGAAGACUUCUCCACCACGGGGGCCUGGCUGCCUCACAGGUACGAAGAAGAACACCACAACUGCUACAGUUACACCCUCACAUUCAUUAACUGCGUUCUGGCCACAGAAGGCAAGGAGCAACUGGACAAGAAUGAGUUCACGGAGAAAUUUGUGGUCCCCAGGACCAGGAAGGCUUCCAAGUACAUCACGCUGUACCGGGCGAUAGAGGAGCAUGGCUUCUACGUGAUCAACCACCCGGAUCCAGAGCCAAGUCCUCCUCCGGGGGGUGGUUUGUGCUGAGUGCGCUGUGGAAAAGCAGAAGGGACAGGAUAUUUGGGGUUGACUACUUUUAAUAGAUCAUAGAGCUUUCUAAAUACAGUAACCUGUGGUUAAUUUAAAAAAAAAAAAAAAAAAAAAAAAAAAA